UAUAAGCAUUCAUUAAUCGGAGGAUCAUGUUCGUGUUUUAGAAAAAAAAGAGAAUGAGAAAAAUUACAUUUCUAUUUGUACUUCAGUCCUGCUUUCUUUUCUCCGUAUCGAACGUCUAUUCAGAGUCUGAAGCAGAGAAAUGGUUCAAUUCUGGAUCUUCUGUUAUUUCCGCUAGUAAGACUUCUUCUGGUGAUGAUGUUCGACUGCAGAUAGAAAUGUCUAUACCAAUAAAUACGAUCGUUGUUUGGGGAGUGGAUCAAAUGAUCAUUGGAGCUGAUGAAAAGACUUUUGGUACCUCAUUGUCAACGUUGUCUAAUACCACACUGUUCACUCUUGAAAUCAAAGAUCCCCCGGAAGCUGUUUUCUUUCUAACCUUUAGCGACAACGAAAUAGUAACAACCCAUAUGUUUGAUACAAUACGUGAAGAUGGAACAAUUAAAUUUGACAACCCAAUUACUUGUCAGUCAUCAUUCUCUAAAAUCUCCGAUUCUGAAUAUGAUUUCGUCUACCGGUGUAAUCCUGAACUUGAUCCUAGAAAUGACUGGUAUAUGGAGGUUGGAAUGUUUACAAGCUUUAAAAGUGAAAUGGUUGAAUAUAAGCAAAUUGAAUCGAGUGAAAAUAAGUAUGUUAAUUUAACCACUGAGCGAAAUUCAACAGCAAAAGCAAAAGUUGUACUUUCAGAUGAAACUAUGGAGAGAGUAGGAGAUUUCCUAUUUCUUCAAAGCUCUCUUACUCUGCCUAUGGAUGGUUUAAUCAAAUCUAUAUUAUAUAGAAGAGUUUAUGAUAUAAGUAAAAUGAAAACAAUCAAGAAAUUCAAAUUCUUAAAAGCAUUUGAACAGGAACCACUUUUGGAAGGAGAAAUGGUGCCAAUAAAUUGUGAAGCAAUUGGAAGGAACCCUCCACCUAUUCAAGUGAAAAGAGAUCGUAAAGGGAUAAAUUCGUCAGAGACAAUAUACAAUUUGAAAGAUAAUACAAACGUAUGGUCAAUUUCUUACGUUACUUUACUUCGUGCAUCAAAGGAAAUAGAAGGCAACUAUUCUUGUGUUGUAGAAAUGGACGGCGAAACAUUCAUUUCUCCUCAGAAGAUUGAAGUUAAUUUAAAACCAAGAUUACGCUGGGAUCUGACCAAGAUUCUGAAAUCCAAGCAAAACCAAACUCGUGUACGUGUUGUGGUGGAAGGGGCAAAAGGUGUUGUAUUGAACUGUAGAAAUAACAAAUGGUCAAGAAAUAGAUAUCUUCCCAUGAGCACAGAGAAAAGAACAAAAAUAUCAGAGUGGAGUGAACGUUUGGAAACCGAGUAUACAUGGAAAAGGAAGAACAUUGACCAAGAUGAAUUCAACUCUUCGUUGCAUUCUCCGUUUCUUUCAUGUAUCGCGGAAGACAAAAAUGGCAAUCUGGCAUUUGAACACACUUUCUGACAAUGAGGUUUACAAAAAUAUUUGUAUUACGAUUAAUUUUCUGAAUAAUUGCCUUUUCUUGUAAUUUGAAUCAGGAACUGGCAUGCCGAGGAAAGAAUAAACUUACACAAUCAAUAAAUGUUUUGUUUUUUUC